AUCACAUUUCAACUCGUCUUGUGCUGGAUUUGUUUUCACCUACUGAUAACUACCAACGAUGGCUGCACUCGCAUACGCUUCGGCCCUGUGUGUGAUGGGGAUGGCAAUGGCUCACGGGAGCGGCAGCUGGAGCAUGAAUGGAGGUGCAUACCAGAACCAGGUACCGCAAUACGGGGCCAACCAGUAUGGAUGGAACCAGCAGCCGUGGGGAAACCAGAACGGACAGGUGAACCCAAUGACAUUUUUCCAGAAUAUGAUGAGAACGCAACAGCAACAGCAGGGAAGCAAUAUGGGAAUGGGCAAUGGAAUGGGAAACAUGGGAAUGAACCAAGGAAUGGGAAUGGGAAAUAUGGGAAAUGGAAACACAGGAAUGGGAAGCACUGGAAUGGGAAACACGGGAAUGGGACAGCAAAACUCCAUGAUGAGCAAUCUCAUGAUGGUCCUAAUCGCAAACAUGUUAAAACCCUCACAAGGAAUGUCCCAGCAGGGAGGGCGUAACACUCCGGAGGCUUCAACAGAGGACGUUAAUAAGAUGGAGGACCUCAUGAAAUGGAAGAUGACGAUGGAAAUGGCCGAUAUGAUGAUGAUUUACAUGGACUACAAAGAAAAGGAGACGGCUUUCACAGAGUCCAUGGAGGCCUUGUGCUGGAUGGUGAACAACACAUACAACGCAGUGAAAACACGCGGCUAUGUGCUCUUCAAGAACACCACCGACGAGUGGAUGGACAUGAAAGGCAAGGAAAUGGAGAGCUGGUCUGAGCAGGAGAAGUCGGACUAUGCACUGAACAUGCUCAUGACCGAUCCGCAGACAUACAGCGAGAUCUUCGUCAGGUUUGCCACCUGGGUUUGCAUGACGGGUGAGCAGUUUGCAAAGGCGGUCAUGAAGAUGGAGAAGAUGAACAUGGGAGACGACUAGUGCCAUGAUAAAUAGAUGGUGUAUUAUUAUUCGCAUCUUUUUUAACAACAAUUGAAUAUAAAAAGGUUUCAAAUUGCAAUUCUUUACAGAUUUACUUGUUCAAAUCCAUUAAAAAAGUGUUAUUGUUUCUUUUUAAUUUCAAGCGGCAUUACAGAGCGAUUGGACGGUCUUUUUUGGUUUUAUAUCGCAUACACACGUAUUUUAUUCCAUUGCAGACGUAGUUUUGAUAUUCAGUUUUAGCUGUGUUUGUUUGUACAAAUAUUCAAUCUCUUAAUGUUCUCUUUAAUUAUAUUCGCAAUG